GAGAGGACCUUUUCCAUAAGCCCAUCAAGUGGCACUCAUGUGACCAGGAAGUACUGGCACGCUUGGAACGCUCAGGACGCUUCCGGGUUUGGUCACAUGCCCGGCUUCCUUGGCUGUGGCUGUGGGUGUCGGUGAUGGCGGGGAUGCUGCGGGAGCUGAGCAGGGACUGUGCCGCCGUCAUGUUGCGGCUGCUGCUGGCCGGGCUCUGGUUGCAGCGGGCCUGCGCUGAGUACGCGCUGAGUGACCGGGGAGGACUGGGCCGGGAGUUUGACGGUAUCGGAGCUGUGAGCGGUGGAGGGGCCACCUCCCGCCUGCUUGUAAAUUACCCAGAGCCGUACAGAACCCAGAUCCUAGAUUAUCUGUUUACGCCGAACUUCGGGGCUUCCUUACAGAUCUUUAAAGUGGAGAUUGGAGGCGAUGCCCAGACGACAGAUGGCACCGAGCCCUCCCACAUGCAUUAUGCCGAUGACCAGAACUACUUCCGGGGGUAUGAGUGGUGGCUGAUGAAAGAGGCCAAGAAGAGGAACCCAAAUAUUAAACUUGUCGGUCUCCCCUGGGCAUUCCCUGGUUGGAUUGGGGACGGCUACAACUGGCCUUAUUACUAUCCUGAUGUAACUGCCUACUAUGUCGUCUCCUGGAUCAUUGGCGCCAAGCAGUACCAUGAUUUGGACAUAGACUAUGUUGGGAUAUGGAAUGAGAGAGCCUAUGAUGCCAAAUACAUAAAGUUAUUGCGUUACACCCUGGAUAAGAGUGGAUUGGAGCGAGUGCGAAUUAUUGCUAGUGAUAACCUUUGGCAGCCGAUCUCUCACCGGAUGCUGCAGGACGCCGAGCUCCUCGGGGUGAUCGAUAUCAUAGGAGCCCACUACCCCGGCACGUACACCGUCCAGGACGCAGUGUUCACGGGCAAGAAGCUGUGGGCCUCCGAGGAUUACAGCACGUACAACGAUGAGGUUGGGGGAGGCUGCUGGGCCCGGCUCCUAAACCAGAAUUAUGUCAACGGCAACAUGACGUCAACCAUCUCAUGGAAUCUUGUGGCCAGUUACUAUGAACAGCUGCCGUUCGGCCUGGAAGGGCUGAUGACCGCCAAAGAACCGUGGAGCGGUCACUACGUGGUGUCACCUCCUAUAUGGAUCACAGCUCAUACCACUCAGUUCACACAGCCGGGCUGGUCCUACCUCAGGACAGUCGGUCACUUAGAGAAAGGUGGGAGCUAUGUGGCCCUCACAGACAGGCUGGGGAACCUUACAAUUAUCAUCGAGACCAUGUCUCAUGACAAUUCCAUCUGUAUCCGUCCUCCACUGCCAAAAUACAACGUCACUGCGCAGAACGUCACCUUCCAACUUGACGGCUCUUUUAACAAUGUGAAGACGUUGCAGGUCUGGUACUCAAGGUUGUGUGUGCACGCCACUGAGCCGGUCUUAUUUAAGAAGGCACCAACCAUAACGGUUAACAAUGGAACCUUCAGCAUGGAGCUUGGAGUGGAUGAAGUUUACACCCUGACAACCAUCUCAACAGGCCAGAAAGGCUCCUUUCCAGACCCCCCAAAAUCUCAGCCUUUCCCGGUGAAAUACAAGGAUGACUUCAAUGUCCGUAACCCUCCGUUCAGCGAGGCCCCUUAUUUCGCAGAUCAGUCGGGUGUCUUUGAGUAUUUCACCAACACCUCUGACCCUGGAGAUCACGUGUUCACUUUCCGCCAGGUGCUGACUCAGCACCCGAUCACCUGGGUUUCUGAUACGGAUCAGGCAAUAAGUGUGAUUGGUGAUUUCACGUGGUCCAACGUCACAGUAACCUGCGACAUCUACAUUGAGACUGAAGACACAGGUGGGGUGUUUCUUGCUGCCAGAGUGGAUCAGGGCGGAGCACCCACUCACUUGGCCAGAGGCAUCUACUUCUGGGUGUUUGCAGACGGUACUUACAGAGUCACCGGGGAUUUGCUUGGGAAGAUUGUGCUGCGUAAGGGCAAGUCCGGGGUUCGAGCCAAGAGCUGGCACACGCUCACCCUCAGUGUUGAGGGUUUUACUGCUUACGGCCUACUGAAUGGAAGUCCCUUGUGGAAAGACGUCAUCACCCUCGGGCCUGUGCGUGGUUGGGCCGCCAUAGGAACGAAGUCUUUGGAAUUGGCGCAGUUCGAUAACUUUAUGAUUGAAGCUAAAGUCACUGAGGAGUAACUAGGACACCCAGCGUAAGUCUCCAACAUCUGGGGUUUAGCCGAAAACUGACAGGAGUAAAGAAGAUCAUCGGAUGUGUAUGUCCUGUCUCGUGUAAUACUCUACUGGUGCAAGCCGGACGAGGGGAGAGAGAACGUCUGAGGGGUACGCUUCAAGAUGGAUGUUUUAUGGAAACUGCAAGUUGGGUGAAUAGAAGUGACCCCUACUUCCUUCUGGUCUGCGCUGGCGUUUCACUAAGAUUCUGCUUACAUAAUGAGGCUUUCUGAAAUCUUCUGGCUUUUAGCACUUUGUAAAAUCAUUAUUAACUAUGCAAAUCAUUGUGACUGUGAAAAUGAGGACAUCCCUUUUUAUAAGUGUAAUUGUUUAUAUUACUACGGACCUAAUUCACUUAUACCAAGACGCUAGCCUGUAAAUAGCAUUAAAUACAGCUGAGUGGGAAGAUUACUGCGUCGUAUACUGACCCAGACACAGGCAGAUUCACUUUGCCAUGUCCAAUUAAUGGGGUUCAUUUAUCAACGACUGAUAAAACUCAUGGUGUGUGAUAAAUGGGGCUUCAACCAAUCAGCACCCAACUGUCAUGUGUUGGAAAAAAUGACAGUUGGGAGCUGAUUGGCUGGAGCACCAUUUACCAUACGUAACAAGUUUUAUCACUCGUUGAUAAAUGAUGCCCUAUAUCUAUUUCUAUCGAGAAUUAAGACAUGUUUUCAGUUUUUCUGCCGGUACCGCCUUUGAUGCCGACGCGCCGAUUGUUUGACUAAUACCUUACGCCAGGUACUACUUACGUUUACUUGAACGAAUAAAUGCACUUUUGUUUGUAAUGGUUUUAAAGGAAAAUGCACAAAUGCGGAAGACUAGGGAAGACAGAGACGACGUGCUAAUAACUGCUGAAGACUCGCUUGAAUGUUGAAAACACUGUUUUGUUUGUUCAUUAAUCCCCCAGAUUUUGUGGUCAGGUUAUAGUGACAGAUCCAGUCUUAUCCCAAAUAGCAGCAGCGACUGGUAUCCGUACCUUAAUUCUUAUUGUUGGUAAAUUGAGAGAUUAUAAAUACUAGCGCCCGCGUUCUGAGCUCAGGCGCAUCCAGCUGGUGCUUGGUCUCCGCAGAGAUUUAGGAGCAGUAGUCUCUGACGUAGAAGCUAUAGGGACCCCGAGUGACCCAAUAUAUCCUAUUAGGGUGGGGAGAGGACAGUGGGCUCGAUCUGAUGACUUCGAGGCAGUGAUGGGCUAAAAGCAAAGAUAUAUGCAGGCAAACGUCUCCUGAAUUAUGUUCCUGUGCGCUAAUUACUAUUGGUGUCUACGUCUUCUCUGGAGCUUACUGUGCCAAAUAAUCCACUGAGGUCUGCGUGACCCGUACAAAUGGGACCACAUGCCCGGGCGAAACUAUUUUUUAUUUUUGUAUUCUAAAAUGAAAUAACUAUUUGCCUUUUGCAGUUGUUUGGUGGAAUUAUUGUCAUACAUGAAGAUUCAAGGUCAAAUUAAAAUUAUUAAUAAGGA